AGAUUGUUGACAGAUGAUGAAUAAUAAUGAGAUACUGUACCCUGUGAAAAGAGUUGGCAACAUUCCAGGUGUUGAAGUUGGGUAUCAAUUCUAUUCUCGUUGUGAAAUGGUAGUAGUUGGCAUGCAUAGUCAUUGGUUAAACGGGAUUGAUUGUAUGUUCCUGCACAAUAAAAAAAAGCACAACAGCUAUAAAUUCCCUGUUGCUGUGUGCAUUGUUUUGUCUGGCAUGUAUGAGGAUGAUGUGGAUAACGCUGAGGAUAUUGUGUACACUGGUCAAGGUGGGCAUAAUCUGAGCGGUGAUAAGCGUCAAAUUGCGGAUCAAAAAUUAAAGUUUGGUAAUCUAGCACUCACGAACUGCGUUGAGCAAUUAGUUCCUGUUAGGGUGGUUCGUGGUCAUGAAUCUUCGAGCAGUUACUCUGGUAAAGUCUACACUUAUGAUGGUUUGUACAAGGUUGUCAACUAUUGGCCAGAAAAGGGAAUAUCUGGAUUUAUAGUAUAUAAAUUUCGACUUAGGAGACUUGAAGGGCAGUCUACAUUAACCACUAAUCAGGUUAAUUAUAUUUGUUCUAGUUUCAUCUAG